AUGGGAGAACAAACCCCCGCUAACGGCUCCAAACCGUUCUUUUCUCCCAACAGGAUAUGCGACUACUCCUGGCGCGCCGAGGAAUCCCACUACAACGCCGCACUCCCCCAGUACCGCACCGCCAUCACCGUCCCCUCGUCCGGCGAGACGCUCCGCGUCCAUUUCGUCCACAAGCAAUGCCAACUCGGCGAGCUCACGCCGAGGACGUACGUCGCCCCGGGCGACGCGGACCGCGUCGUCGUGCCGCUGCUUUUCUGCCACGACGUGCACGCGUCGUCUUUUCUGGACGUCAGCGGCGUCAUCGACGCCUUGACGACGAUGACGGGUGGGGGAGAUGGGAGAGAUGUCGCGUUCCACGUCGUUGCGCCGAGCGUGCCGGGGACGGGGUUCAGUGAUGCGAGUGACGAAGAAGGGUUUGGAGUAGGUGAGACGGCGGAGGUGUUUGAUGCGCUGAUGAAGAGGUUGGGGUAUGGGCGCUAUGUGUCGUUCGGAGCCGGAUGGGGCUUCACUGUCUGUCGCGCCCUCGCUCUUCGGCAUGGCCCUGACAGCUGCGUGGCCAUUCACGCCGCGAACCCCGCGUCUUUCUUCCCGCCACCUUCGCUGCGGAAGUCGCCGCUCGAAUGGUUGCGGUACCGGCUGGCACGGGCGACUGGUGCGCGCGUUCCGGGAUUGAGCUUUGGAUACGUUCCUGCGGAUUUUGACAACGACCAUGACGUCUUCCGGCCUACUACUACUAAUACAACUACCGGUGCCGGCGCCGGCAAGACUAAAGUGGCGGACGAGGAGACUGCUGCGGCAUCAGACAUUGUUCAUCUGAAGAACGAACGCAGCGGCAGAGAGGAGAUGGGAGGAGAAACGGCUUGCGGCGCCGCAUUUCGUCCUCAGACAUUGACGUAUGCGCUGUGCGAUUCGCCCGUCGGAUUGCUUGCAAAUACGCUGGACGUUCUGCGGCCGUGCCUGACGGCAGGACGGCGGGCUGGGUACAUGAGCGCGGUUUGGACGCCUGCCACACUGUUGAACUGGACCAUGAUGCGGUGGUUUCCGGGCCCAGAAGCGGGGUUCCGGUGGAUGCAGAGAGCAAGGAGGGACAGUGAAAUGGGCGGAUUCUUGUGGAGUGAGCGUAGCAACGUGCCGCUGGGAAUCAGCCAAUUUGGUGCGCAGAGAGGUGUCGGAGCGAGGUGGGAUGGUGUUCUGAGAUGGGCGCGAGCAUGGCAGAAUGUGUGCUGGGCGAAGAAGAGAGAAGGUUCGGACGUGAUCAGGCCUGAAUGGGAGAGUCCGGAGGAGUUGGUUCAGGACCUGCGGGAGAGUUUUGGUGCUGUAUGGCUUGACGGGGGCGAGUCAUGA